AUGGAGCAGGUGAUCAGCGAUAGCAGCAGCUUCUGCUUGGUAGACGACCAGCGACCCAUCAAGCGCUCAGCAAACGAUUUGCAACAGCCGCAGCUUGGCGAGCUCUCAAAGAUGGCGGCAGGUUCAGCUUCCCUCUUUGGAGAUAGCAAGCGCAUGCGCACAAAUACCAGUGACCGAUCCAGCCCGCGUGGUGUUGGGAAUGACUCCAAGGAACCGUGCAGAAAUGUCAGUGACGUUGCCGACGGCGACGGUGGCGCCUCACAGCCCGCUUCUCCACCAAAGCCCGACUUGGACCGAUCAGCAAGCGAUCUAUCCAGCUCCAGCACGAGUAGUAGCGCCUCUUCCAGGAGGACCGGGGAGAGCAUGUAUCCUGCCAUAUUGGGAGAGAUGAUCGACGCGGUGCUUGAAAAGGAGGAAUAUCUCUUUUCUCCUCUCGAAGUCGUGAUGCUCAGAGAGUAUCAGCAAUUGCCAUGUGAGUGCAGGACGGCGCAGAUCUGAUUUGCGCUCUCAAAAGGCGUGAAAGUCUGACUCUUGGAUGAUCUCCACUCUCAGCGGACCCUCGUUACGUCUUUGCCAGGUUGGUGCAACGUCGGGAUGUGUGGCAACGGCCGGACAGGUUGCGAUUCGAGGAGCGAGAUUGUGGCGACUUGGCAGGGGCCAUCCGAAAGUUGUGCGAGCCUGUGUUUCUGCAGGCUUCUCAAGUAUCCCACAGCUCUGCGCAACCUGCAUCGCAAAGCAACGACUCGGAGAAGAUGGGACACUACUGCCUCGGAGUACAGGAGAUGGACCCAGACGACGUGCACGCUUCGCUAGAGCUGCUUACUUUGGAAGAGCUGAAGAGGCUGGCCAAGAUGAUGGGCAGCAAGAGGAGCUCCGAUACAAACACUCGAGCUAUCGCGAUUGCCACUCUGCUAGAAUCGCGGACCCAAUGCACCUUUUCGUUUGGACCAAGUCCUAAGAGCGGGUCAGCGACCCACAGCAACAAGGCUGCUCCGAUCAAGGGUCAAACGAAGCUCAACUUUUCUCCUACCAAGCCAGUCUCUGCUACUGACUCACACAUGCCGGCCAAAAGAUCUUCCCAGAUGGACGUGCUCAAAUGGCACAUGUCUAGCAUUAUAGGCGACUGUGUACGCUUGGCACCUUUGGCCAGAAGCUUGAUAGCUCGUCUUGCGCUAGUCUACUAUCGCGCGACGGUUCAGUCGGAAGGGUCGGCAUUGACCACUGCCGUACUGGCUCGGAGCAGGCGAAGAGUUUACCCUGUGUACCAACAUCAAAGGACAGCUCCGCUCUUUGCUUCAAGACAACAUCUCAUCUCGAUGGAGAAAGCUUUGAAACUGGAAGUGACCAUCGACGAGCUGAUCGAGUGGGACGGGAGCAAAGAGGCCUUCGCAAAGGGAUUGAACAUCUUCGAAUCGGUUUGGCAGGAGUGGAGAGAGUGCGUGGAGGAUGCUCAGAGGCAGAAUCCGGACGGGGUUGAUAGGAUGACCUACCACAAGAUGAGGUGUCAUCCUGGUUGGCCCUUGACCAGGAUCGUCUACAAGGGCGCGCACCUGCUCGGAAGAUUCAAACUGUACGAGAGGGAAGAGGAAGUGCUGAGGGCUUUGCUAGCUCAAAGAGCCUUUCGAAGAGGUAGAAGAGGAGAUUGGUACGAUCGUUUGGCGCUCAUUCUGGCGCAGUACCCGGCGGAUGGGGACGCGAAAAGGGGAAAGAUGAGAGCGUUGGAGGUGGCAGUGCAAGGCAUCGAAGAUUCCGAUACUCAUCUGAUCUACCACGAUACGCUUCAAAGAAGAAUCACGAGGCUGGAGAAUCAACUCAACAUUCCAUUCUCGCAGAAGCACGACUUCAGCUAUGCGAAACUCGCCACGUGUCGAGACCGCGUGUUUGAAGGCACAAGACUUGAUGCGAUGGCAUCCAUGGAGCCUAAAAGGGGAAUCUUUGGAAGCGUAAUGCCUAGUCAAAGACGAACGUCGGGAUCUGCUGGUGGUGGCAAAAGUUUUCCUAAACGGUCGGCCUCGAAUGAGAGCCUCUUGUCGAGCCAUGGAGAUUCUUUGUCUGGCUUCCAAGAACGAGCACCUUUGAGGAAAGUGAUCCAGGUGGAACGUGCGCACGUCGCCAGGAAGGCGGAUACGUCCGGCAGCCCUGUGGGAGUGAAUAGAAAGGGGAUCAAAAGAGAUGCAAGCACUAGCAGCCCGGUUGAUGCCGAGGGGACCAAGAAGGCGGAGAGGGACGAAAGUGAUGUGCAAGAUGUUUCGUUUGCAUCUAGCAGGUCUAGCGUGGGUGAAGUUUCUAGUGCUGGGAGUACGACGUCGAUCGAGCGCAAGUCCAUGUCUUCUAUCUGGAGAGGUCUAGAUUCGGAGCCUUGCAGAGUCGAAGAUCUUGUGCUGCAGCACUACUCGAUGCAAGGCUAUUCGGGCUAUCAUUGCGAAGGGUCGAUCAUCAGCAUGCUCUUCACCCUCUUGAUGUGGGACGUCAUCUUCUUGCCUACUCCGGGCGCCUUCGAGACGGCGUAUCAGAGCGCACCGUUGGAUAUAGGAGAGGAUUCGUUCAUCGUUGCUCGAGCGCCUCAGGUGAGGCAGAGGUUGCAUCUGAUCGAAGAGAGGGGCGGACUAGACUUGAUGGAGGAGGUGCACAAACGAGAAUCGCAGCGCAAAACUUGGGCAAUAGGUUGCAAGUGGGACACGUAUCCGCUCGAGGAUCUAUUGCAGAUCGCACAGUGCGUGGGUGGAAAGGGUCUAGCGGUGAUUUGCCAAAUGAUGUGCGAAGAAUACAUGACGGCCGGCAUGCCCGACCUGGUCGUUUGGAAUUGGAAGGAGAAAAAGGUGAGGUUUUGCGAAGUCAAGGGACCGGGAGAUAGGCUUAGGGAGAAGCAAAAAGUUUGGAUCGACGUGCUGCUUAGAGCGGGAUUGGAUGUGGAGGUGAGCAUCGUCAAGGAAGGCAUCACCUCCAAUUUCUCCGCCGGCGCCAAGGUCCAAUGA